AUACAAUGUAAGCGAACUGAACGCACCCCAAUCGGUGGGCGAAACAGAAACUGUCAACUAAAGAAUAGAGGAUGCGUGUUGGUAAGUUUGUAGGCUGUAAAGGAAAAGGCUUUCCAUAUUUGAUAAUACUGUACACUAACUUUUCUCGUAAACAUAGGUCGCACGUUUAUUUCAAGUGUCGAAGUCGCUUGUUAGUUUUCGUUCGUCCUUCACAAUUUCUGCCAGUCUUGGGCGGUCAAUGUCGUAGAAAAAACAUUACUUACACCAGGACACUACAACUGGUGACUAUCCGGGAGAAACAAAUAAAAAAGAACACUGUUUUUGCGUAAAUCUGACAGUUUUCUUGACGGGACAAUCAAACAAUAUAGGCUUACGUUUCGGCAUGAAUCGCCUUAAUCAGAGCCUCUGAUGAAGUUUGUUUGUCCCGUAAAUAAGUCGAUCAGAUAUACGCCGCAACCGAUUGCUCCUUGUUUUUAAUUCUCUUGGAUAGUCAUCAGUUGAAGUGUCCUGGGGGUAAUUAAUUUUUGGGGGACUUUCAAGUGAAGUUCCUCAGUCAAGUACCUGCUGAUUCCCUUUUUUGUUUAAACUGGGCAGGGCUGAAGCGCGUUUGGGUAGGUUAUACUAAGUUCUAUGUCGUGUUUUUAAGUACUCUUUUUUUUUUUACUAUAUGGAUUUACAUGUGGUUACCGUCGGGAAAGGUGAUAUCGCGGCUACCAGUGUUCCAGUUAAAGUUGAUAUUUUGGGAGGAGUGGAUUUGGUCAGUUUAGAGUAGAGUUGUUUAUUUGUCGAUUUGUGGUGACGUAAUCAAUCAGCUGUUUAGAUUCAGAUGGGUGUUGUCGUUUUGAGAGCUGGGGUGUCUUGAGUAAUUAGAUGAAAGGUGACUUGUUGUGGAGGGGACGAAAGGAGUUUAAGAAUGCCGUAAUGGACAUUGAACAGGGCCCAGUUUCCCGAUACCGAUGGAGUUUAGGAAUAUGCCGGGCAUGCACACAUUUUCAUGAUCGGGGUGAAAUCCUAUGAACUUGGGCUAGGAUCAGUACUCCGGGAAUUGGGUUGUUUGAGCGGGUCAAGGACGGACCGAUGAUGGCUUUUCCGUUCUCCAGACCCCUGUUAGAUGCAACAGUGUUCAACUGCAGCCCGCAAUUCCGGGGUUCCUGCAUGAACGCCCCUCUCCCUCAGCACAAUAUCAUCAUGCUUGUGUGACACUUUUUAUAUGAAAUCCAUUUUUUUAUCGAGUGACAUACCUUUUGCAUGUGUGUAGAUCUUUGUUUUGGUCGCACUGUGUGACGCGCUGUCAACUACGUCUACACGUGGCCGCGUCGCAUAGAAACGACUAGUUCCUGCAAAGAUGCUGGAAAAUGCUAGAUUUGGGGCAGUUCGUAAAUUCACUCCGGCAUUCUCGUUUGAGUGUGCCAGAGCACAGAAUAACUGAUGAAUUUACGAACGCUCAACACCCGUUGAAUAUGGCCGGUAUCGGUAAACGUCAGCAAAAAAGCGUAAUUAAAUUGUUGGCAGCAGCACAGUUACAGUCACCAACGCUCUGGAUAACAUGAAAACAGCUAACCAGCUCUGCUAGGGCGAGUAAAAUUGUCAGUGAGGUGUUAUCUCGUUUGUGUCUGGAAGUAGCUAGCCAACGUUAGCCACUUAGCUUGUGUGCUUGACAUUUACCGUACUCCUCAGCCAGAGCGUCCAGUGUGCGCGCUGAACGCCCGGAGAGCGAAAUGCUCUGAAUUUACGAACGGACAAUCUGACAACGCUCUGAAUUGACGUACUCUGAGCGCAAUCCGGCAUUCCAGAUUGAAUUUACGAACACACCCUAAAAUGGCUAGGAACCUCCUCGUGAGGUACAAAACAUGGAUUUAAUAUUUUUCUGAAUUUUCUUUGUUUUUUGUAGAACCCUCUGCAACUGGACACGGACAUUUAUAAGAUACCUUUCCCCGAAUCGAGAACGAAGACGGUAUCGCCAAGGGCAGGUUAGUUGAAAAAUCAAUGGCAACGUGUUGUAUAAACUAACGUUAACCUGUAAUGGAAACAUGGUUAUCACAUAUCUGGCGUACAAACUGUAGCAAGCAUAUAGCCUACAUAACUUAUAAGCAGUGGCGGCUCCUGAACAAAUUCUCAGGGAGGGCAAUUUUUCUGAUGAUUUAGGUGACCUACACACAUUUUUAAAAAGAUAUGUCCAGCAACAACAUGAAGACAGGGGCAGCAUAUAAGUCAAUACCAGAAGCAUUUAUUGACUGAUCUCAAAAGUGUUGGCUUACAAAAGCAAAAUAAGUUAUCACAGUAAAAAUAAUCAAGGGUGUUCUUUCACAUUCCUCAACACUGCAUAAACAAUAUGCAUUUCCAUAAACAAAUGAAAUAUCAGCUGAAAAUACAGCAUCUUGGUAUUUGUUCAGAUUGCAGGAUCAACAAGAGCUUUUACCACAUUUUUUGAUAUCUGUUUAAUCUUACCUUAUGGCCUGCACUUGCUUGUGAAGCUGUCGAGGGCACGUUUGAUAGAGACAGCAUCGAUGUCCUUCUUCUGUAGCUUCUGGUACAGAAUGUCGACGUGGGGCAUGAUUUUGUGAAAAAGCCGCAGGAAAAAAAUUAAAUCUUCAUCAUGUAGUAUCCUCACGUAGCCAGCUGCCUCUCUCAAGGUGUGCUGGUCAAAUGAACCCAAUGAACCCGUCCGGAUGGCUUCAAAACAUUAUAUGAGGUCGUCUCGAUUCUCGUAGACAGUGUUCACGACUCUGCUGUUGCUAACCUCAUCGUUGUGGCGGCGGACAGCUAGCCUGUAUCCCUCAUCCAGUUGAGUGGCAAUAUUCACUCUCCCAAAAGCAGACAAUCUCAAACAGCUAUAUGUGGGUCUUUGACAGCUAAUUUUUCUUAAUCUUUUCUGAAAGAUGGUGCAUGUCGGUUACACCAGUCGCUGUCCAAGCGGUGCUGUCUGCUGUGCCGCCUUCAGGGUGGAAGAGUAAGCAGGGGUAGCAAAAAACUGCAUUAGCUACAUCGCAGCCUGCUAGCCAGGUUUUCCGUUCAUACCAAUUUUUGGAAAAUCCUCGGGUGUAGGACUUCCCCCCUUUAGUAGACACCUGUUGAAUUAUUAAAUUUGGUCUGGGGGGUCCUAAUUGUUUCGUUGCCAAUUUAUCUUCAUUUGUUCGCCGACAAAAAGGAACUUCUUUCAAAGACACAAUCGAGUUGGACUGAAGCCUAGCCAUUUUGAUAGUAGUAGUGAAUUGAAUGAGGCUGCUACCUGGUCUUUUCUUAGUUACGUUCAUUCGUGGUUACGUUAUGUAUGACGAAAGCGCGUAAGUGCAAGCCCACAGACACCCAUAGAGAAUGUAUUGAAAGCUUUGAAAUGUGACAAAACUAGAUUUUACAUGGGAGUCUAUGACAGACUUCUGGGCGAUUUUCAACCUGACUGAAAUCGCCCAAAAAACGGGCGGGGCCAUUUGAAGCACGACUUUAGCCUGAUUUGACAUUUAGUGGCUGGCAGAUCAGACGUGAACACUGAUAACUGCUGUUGCCGUGAUAUAAUUUUUUAUAAAUUUAUAAAAAAAAAAUAUUUUUUUUUAUUUAAUUUUUUUUUAAAUAAUUGAUUAGAAAAAAAAUCCCUUCCUUUUCCCGUUUGGCAGUGCGUCGCCCAUAUCGCCCUAUUGAACAAGCCGUCCCUGCUUAUAAGUCAUGUCUACCGGAGCUAGGUUGGUUUGAUUUGUUGAUUCUGAGUAGCCUACGUCUGCCUUGACUAGGCCUAUACAUUUAGGAUUUAGGACAAUAUUAGUGUACAUUUUGAUAAAUGCUGUCAACAAGCUAUGUUUUUUUUGCCAUGUUAGAUCAAGUCAGUUUGUUAGAAGAGUCCUGGGCUAGUUGCAUCUUUUAAUCUUUGACCUUUGGCACACACAACCAAACCUGUCAUUAAAGAGGUUAGUCAGAUAUAAAAAAGAAUUUGAUCUCCUUAUUUAAUCUUUCAAAGCUAAGAUAUAGUAUGGUUAUUCAGAAAUAAAAAUCAUGUUUUUGGUCUAGGUUUGGUUUAUAUUUAUGUAUUUUUGUUCUCUAGUGUCUCAGGUAUGGACUGGAUAGCUGUGUUCACAUCCUUGGAGGCGGUGUGUGAGGAAAACAUUACUGCUCUGUCUGGGCCUCCCGACUUGCCAUAUGGUGACGCGUCCAGGCGCUUGGUGACAUGCAUGAGAAAGAUUCAGGACCAUGGUCGUGCCCUGGAACCGGUGGUUUCUGGCAUCACUGCAGUCUACCACCACUAUGACUUUGACUCCGAUACCCCUGGGAAUGGGUAUCGCACACUGGUCAAGGUAGGGUAGAAUUAUCACUCUGUUAUUGCUUCUCAUUCUCUUGACAAUCACACAGUCAAAAGACUGAGCUAGCUAGCCACAGAGGGAAAAUAGGAGGGAGUGAUGGAGCUCCUUUGAUUUAUUAAGGUGGUGUGAAAACAAAAAAACAAAUGUAUAUUUUACAACUUUGUAUUCAUAUUUCGGAGUAUAAUCUCAUCUCUCAGGUUUUGCAGUCUUGCCUUCUGCACAUCAUCCACAAGGGACGCUACAUUGCCUCUAACUGCCACGGGGCCUUCUUCAGGGCCGACCACAACGCCUCAGAGAUGGAAGCCUAUGGCAGUGUCCUGUGUCAGCUACGGGCCCUCCUCUACAUCGCCCAGGGAAUGCUCCACGAUAACUGUCCCGGGCAGCUGUACGGAGAGCAGGACGGAGAACUGAGCAGGAGGUUGGUGAGGGAGUACGCCUCCAUGCACAAGGCCUGCUUCUACGGCCGCUGCCUGGGCUUUCAGGUCAGUCACCACCUGGGGGAGAUGCUAUAGAGCAGUGGUUCUCAACCAGGGGUACUAGGACCCCUGGGGGUACUUGGCCUAUCCACAGGGGGUACUUGAGAAGACUCAUUAGACCAUAGGCUUACUGGUAAAAUGCACAUGAGGGGGUAGUUCAGGGGCACAAUGGAACUUGGUGGUACAGUAACUGAAAAAGGUUGAGAACCACUGCUGUAGAGGCCAUUUGCUUUUUGUCAAUAGGUCAUUGUCAAAGCUGGACUAAGCUGGUAUAUGAUACUGUAUAUGCUUGUGGAAUAGACACUGGCUGGAAUGUGGUUUUAACCAAUCAGCAUCCAGGAUUAGACCCUCUCGGUGUAUAAUACUUUAAUAUGCACUGUAUAUAUUGUCAGCAUCCCUUCCUCUGCAUGUAUAGAGAUAUAUUCCCUCUGUGAAUUGUAUAUCCUCACUGUAAAUCAGCUUUUCUCCAGAGAUUUAUGUUCACUGUAUUUAUAUUGUAUAUCCUCUAUGUUGACUCUGUCUGUACAUUGUCUAUUGCUGGCAGCACCUAUUCACCAAGUCAAAUUCCAGGUAUGUGUAAAUGUACUUGGUGAAUAAAGAGAUUCUGAAAUCUUAUUUUUCCCUCUGACUCCCCAGUUCUCAUCUUCCCUUCGUCCGAUUCUGCAGUCAUUAAUCAUAAGCAUGGUCUCGUUUGGAGAGAGCUAUGAAAAACAGCAUUCCGGGUUAGGUCAGUCUCUGUGGAUUAUUUGGGCUAUAUGAGGUCGUGAAACUAUACAUGUUAGUUGUCAUAACAACUGACUGAUUAUCUACCUUGUAGGGCCUAUUCUAAGAUAUAUGGUAAUCCUUUGACAUUUAAAAAAGUUAGUACAUAGUGUGCAGUGCUAUAAUGACUUCCCAUUUGCUCUCCUCCAUAUCUCUCAGGCAUGGCAGCAUUCUCCCUUCUUACCUCUGGGAAGUAUGUCAUUGAUCCAGAGCUGAGAGGAGAAGAAUAUGAGCGGAUCACCCAAAACUUGGACAUGAAGUUCUGGAAGUCCUUCUGGAACCUCACUGAAUCAGAGCUUGUAUCGGUGAGGGGAGGAGGCUCUUAACUAAUUAUGCUUUUCUUAUUAGCACUGACUUUGCUGAUAGUGGCUUUACUGAGGAAAAGUUUUAACUAUGACUGUGAUAUGUGAUUGUCUUACCUAGCUACCUUAAGAUGAAUGCACUAACUGUAAGUCGCUCUUGGUAAGAGCAUCUGCUAAAUGACAAAAAUGUAAAAAUGUACUGCAUAUCUUGCAGUGUCUCCUUGUCUCGGUUUCCCCUACUCACUCAGUCUCUCCUUGUCUCGGUUUCCCCUACUCACUCAGUCUCUCCUUGUCUCGGUUUCCCCUACUCACUCAGUCUCUCCUUGUCUCUGUUUCCCCUACUCACUCAGUCUCUCCUUGUCUCUGUUUCCCCUACUCACUCAGUCUCUCCUUGUCUCUGUUUCCCCUACUCACUCAGUUUCUCCUUGUCUCUGUUUCCCCUACUCACUCAGUCUCUUCUUGCUCGCUCCAUCUUUCUGUUUGUUUACUGUUACGACUGUUUACAAUGUCCUCUCCAUCUUUUUUUAUCCAUCCAUUCCACAGGGCUUUGCCAGUUUAACCUCUACCCUAGUGCAGGUGAACCUCACCCUGACCAUACCCCCUGAACCACUACUCCUCCCCCUGGUCUCAGACCCCCGUCUCUCUGCCCCGGUGUCCCCGCCGGUGGCCCACUGGGGCCCUGGACCUGUCAACAUGCGCCUCAUCUCCUAUGAGCUUCGAGAAGGACAGGUGAGCGCUCAGCUCUUACCUUAGUGCUUAUUAUCUGAUGAUUUCAUUACAGGUCUACACUGUUUUAUCAAUUAUAUUAGUGUAAAAAGGGUUCAGUUAUGAUGUAAACAUCUUACCCUCUCUCUCUCCUUCUUUCUUCAGGACAGUAAAGAGCUGCUGGCCUUCUCUCGUACAGAAGCUCCCCCCAUUUCCCUGUCUUUGGUACCGUUUGGUGCCCAGAAGCGUCCUCCCUCCCCCUGGCUGUUGAUCCACUUCCAUGGAGGAGGCUUCGUGUCCCAGACCUCCAAAUCCCAUGAGGUACGUAGGCCUGGGAUAGUGGUAGUGGUGUGACGCCUGAAAUGACUUAAGCUAAUCACAAACCCUAUUCUCACAGUAAUUCAAUUAAGUGGAGCUUGGGGCUCAGCACAUACCAUGUAUACUUUACACUUCUUUAACAUCCCAAUUUUUCUCUCACCAUCUGUCCUCCAUCUCCUAGAACUAUCUGAAGAGCUGGUCGAAGGAUCUGAAUGUCCCGAUCCUGUCUGUGGAUUACUCCCUGGCUCCUGAGGCCCCUUUUCCCAGAGCCCUGGAGGAGUGCUUCUACGCCUACUGUUGGGCCCUCAAGAACUGCCAUCUUCUGGGUCAGUGUCAUUACCACUGUGUUAGAGCUAAGAGCCAAAGAAAAUGGUUUCUUAGCUAGACAGAGGACCCUCGGAUCAAUCAUAUUGGUAGAUAUUUUAUUGCAGUAUUACAACAAACGUCUGUCCGACCUGCUGGUACUGAUUGGUCUGUUCCUCUGCCCUAGGCUCCACUGCUGAGCGUGUGUGUCUGGCUGGGGACAGUGCUGGGGGGAACCUCUGCAUCACUGUGUCCAUGAGGGCCAUUGCCUGCGGUGUGCGCAUCCCAGAUGGUAUUAUGGCUGCAUAUCCUGCUACCCUGCUCACCAUUGACGCCUCGCCCUCCCGCCUUCUCACCAGCUUUGACCUACUGCUACCCUUAGGGGUGCUUUCCAAGUGUAUCAACGCCUACACAGGUAAGGAAGGGAAAGGCAUGAGAGGGUAUUAUUCAAAGGUUAUAUAAAAGGUAGUUAAAGUCGCACUCCAGUCUCAUUUUACUUUAAAAAAAACAUUUGUCUUUUAGCAGACGCUCUUAUCCAGAACGACUUAGUUAGUGCAUUCAUCUUCAAACCUCUUAAGGAUCGUACCCUUUUAUUCAAUUUUCGCCUAAAAUGACAUACACAAAUCUAACUGCCGGUAGCUCAGGACCUGAAGCAAGGAUAUGCAUAUUCUUGAUAUCAUUUGAAAGGAAACACUUUGAAGUUUUGGAAAUGUGAAAUUAGUGUAGGAGAAUAUAACACAUUAGAUCUGGACAAAGAUAAUACAAACAACACAUUUUUUUUUUUUAUCAUCUUUGAAAUGCAAGAGAAAGGCCAGACAGUGAUGUAGGAAUCUAGGUGUAAUUUAGAUUUGGUCCACAAGACGGCAGCAUUGUGUGUGCAAAGUUUCAGACUGAUCUAGUGAAGGAUUACAUCACUACACAAUAUUUUGUAUCAAGUCUGCCAGGAGUUUUCCCAAAUGUUCCGAAUUGGUCAAUUUAUACAUUUUCAAGUACAUAACUAUAGAGAACAUACAAAAAUGCUAUGGUAAUAAAACAUUUAAGUUUACACACUCCCAGGAAUGUCAUACAUGAUGGAUCAUUAGCUUCUAUAUAUUCAUAUUGAGCAGCAACCUUCCCGGUAUAGGGACGCCGAUCCUGUAGAGGUUUUAAGUGGAACAACAUUUUUCCUCAAAAUAGAUAUCAGUACAUUACUGUAUUUAUACGUACAUUUUUCCUCAAAGUAGCUUCUCAUUUUUUUCCAAAUGACCUUGUCUUCCUCUCUUUCACCCUCUCCAGGUGUAGACUCUGAGACGGUUCAGCCUACAGAGGGAACCAGCACGUUGAGCGCUCUAGGUAGAGACACAGCCUCGCUGAUCAGUGACCUCACACACGGGGCGUCCAAAUGGAUCCAGUCCUUCUUUCCCGCAGAGGUCCUAGGGUCAUGGUCAUCGUCACAUCGGAGGUCUCUGGACAACGAGGCCCACCAGAGAUCAGUGUCGCCAUGUUCAUCCGACUCCUCCUCAGGCCCCAGGGACUACCCAGAAGGCUUUGAGCCCCGGCGCUCAGAGCGCCUGUCUGUGAUCCAGACGCCUAGCUGUCCCACCGUCAAGAACCCGUUUGUGUCGCCCCUGCUAGCCUCUGACGACCUACUGAGAGGACUACCGCAUGUACACUUAGUGGUGAGAGGGGUGUGGGGAGGGGGAGAGUCAAUGCAUUUAGGACAGGGUUUCCCAAACUCUGUCCUCGGGACCCCAAGGCUGCACAUUUUGGUUUUUGCCCUAGCACUACACAGCUGACUCAAAUAAUCAACAAAUCAUAAAGUUUUGAUAAUUUUUAUCAGCUGUGAAGUGUUAGGGCAAAAACCAAAACGUGCACCCCUUGGGGUCCCGAGGACCGAGUUUGGGAAACGCUGAUAGGAAGACAGGUUUGUAGGUUGAGAGGGAUGGAAAAGUUAAAGAAAGCAAAGGAAUACACGUUUUACUGCAGUGGCUCUAUUUUGUCCUUGUUCACUGGUCUCUAACACUCUCCACUAUUGAUGUUCUUUCCACUUUAAUCUCUUAGAGUUUUCUGUAGUUUUACUCCCCUGUCUGUCCCCACAGGCCUCUGCACUGGAUGCCUUGUUGGAUGACUCUGUGACGUUCGCCAAGAAACUGCGGGAUAUGGGCCAACCAGUGACCCUGAGGGUGGUGGAGGACCUCCCACAUGGCUUCCUCAGCCUAUCGGGAUUCGCAGAGGAGAUAAAGGUGGCCUCAGACAUCUGCGUAGAGCGAAUCAGAGAGGUCUUCCAGCAGCAAACCCUGCCUUCCUGUACUCGCAAGUGACCAAUGUUUGAAAGAAAUAAUCAUGGGGCUGGCCAGCUGCCUAAUAAAACCAAGGUGGAAAAGUAGUUGUUGUCCUCACAAAAGUGAAAGAUAACACCCUUGCCUUUUUUGCACUAACACUUGCACUUUUCUUACUAGCACUGACUGAUAGCUGCUUUAUUGAGGAAAACAUUUUAUGAUUAUGACUGUGAUAUUUGAAGUCACUGGUUAAAGAGCAUCUGCUAAGGGAGAGGUUGCAAUGUACACAAUAGUUACCCAUAGGAAAAUGGAGGAGGGUCAAGCUUUUUUUCAAUUUCAGUCAGGGGGAGUUUAGUAUUUUCAAAAUUUAGUACAGGAGAGGGUCAUGUCAUUUGUAAUCAAUGAAAUGUCAUAUUGCUUAAGGUUUGAGAACUAUACUGAACAAAAAUAGAAACGC